GCUGGGACUUGGUGCUUCCCUCUGGGAAAGAAGGAUCUCGGGAGGCUGGUGCUGGGAGCGCUGGGAGCGUAUGAGCCGCCACUCUUCUCUUAGGAAACGCCACCAGCUCCAGCCAGCAGGGAGGCCCAGCAUGAAUGGUGCCUGUGCUGCUGGGACAGACUGGGCAAGAAGUCAGGAGGCCUCCUUCUCUGUGGAAAACAAAGCAGCAGCAGUCCCUGAGGCAGAAGGCAGUAACGUGGUGCUGGGAGGUCACAGCCCUGCUGCACUGCCCAGGACUGAGGGCCCAGACUCUGAAUGCCGCCAGCCUGCCUGCCCAGCCAGCCCCCAGCCCAGCAGCAUGCUGCCUGCUCCUGAAGAUGCCCACAGCUGCCACUGCCCAGAGGGCAGCAAGAGGCAGGCAGAGUACUUCAGCAGCCAGGAGCGCCACGGCUGCGGCGCUUUGCCCUCCAGCAGCAGCCCCCAGGCGGCAGCGCCAGAGAAGGUGACACUGGUGGUGGAUGGGACUCGCUUCGCUGUCAACCCCCAGAUCUUCACUGCUCACCCUGACACCAUGCUGGGCAGGAUGUUUGGCCCAGGAAGGGAAUACAACUUCACCAGGCCCAACGAGAAGGGGGAGUAUGAGAUCGCCGAGGGCAUCAGCUCCGCCGUGUUCCGCACUGUGCUGGACUAUUACAAAACAGGGAUCAUUAACUGCCCUGAUGGAAUCUCCAUCCCAGACCUCCGGGACACCUGCGAUUACCUCUGCAUCAACUUCGACUUCAACACAAUCAAGUGUCAAGAUUUAAGUGCUCUCUUACAUGAGCUCUCCAACGAUGGUGCUCACAAGCAGUUUGAUGCCUACCUGGAGGAGCUGAUCCUGCCCAUCAUGGUGGACAGCGCCCGGAAGGGGGAGAGGGAAUGCCACAUCGUGGUGCUGACAGACGAGGACACGGUGGACUGGGAUGAAGAUCAUCCUCCUCCCAUGGGGGAGGAGUACUCACAGAUCCUUUACAGCUCCAAGCUCUACAGGUUCUUCAAGUACAUCGAGAACAGGGACGUGGCCAAGGCGGUGCUGAAGGAGCGGGGCCUGAAGAACAUCCGCAUCGGCAUCGAAGGCUAUCCCACCUGUAAGGAGAAGGUGAAGAGGAGGCCUGGGGGCCGCUCAGAGGUGAUCUACAACUACGUGCAGAGGCCUUUCAUCCAGAUGUCCUGGGAGAAGGAGGAGGGCAAGAGCCGCCACGUCGACUUCCAGUGCGUGCGCAGCAAGUCCCUCACCAACCUGGUGACAGUGGGGGACGAUGUCUCAGAGGACCACGAGGUGAUCAUGCAUCACCCCCCACAAGUAGAUGAACUCGACAGACUCAACGCCCCCUUCUCCCAAAUGGCUGUUAACGACCUGCCCGAUUAGUGGUGGCUCAGGGAGGGGUUGGUCCUGCUCGAAGUCAGCGUCGUGAUGGAGCAGAGACUCCUGCCAGGUGCUUUGUCCUGCUUCCUGCUCUCACUUCAGGUCUCAUAUUCCAAGCAUGUUAAUAAAGAGCAACACUUCAUAGUCUUUAACUGUGCAAAGCAGAGCAACAUCUCCUCCAGCACCAAGAACUCUGCUGCUUGGUUCUACUCCAGAGGCUUCCAGCUUACCGGGUGCUGAACUCUUCACCUCAGCUUCCGACAGAGGAGCGGAAAGAAGCAUUUAGAAAGGAGACAGAGGAGAUCCUGGGCCUGUCAAGACAAAGCUUCCCUUCUCCAUUAGGCACUUAGCUUUGCUUUUGUGAUCAUCAAGCUACAAAGGACCCAGCGUCGGGGCAGGACUGAUGCUGCUCUUUCAUCAACCAGCAGAAAUGUAGCACAGUUGGCAACAGCAAAGCUCCGGAGUGUGGAGCGGUGACAGCAGGAGCCAGAGCCUGGAGGAGCCUGUUCACACUGCCACCUGGCUUUGCAGCCAGCAGCUUCUGCUCUGCUGGGGAAGGAUGGACCAGCUCAGUAGGAAGCAGGAAUUUCCCACCUGUAGUUCCCUCUCAGCUGGAAUCCUCCUUGGCCCAGGUUAGUAGCUGAAGGAAAAAAAGCCAAACUGGAGUUGAUAUUUUACCAACAAAGUGAAUGUGUUUGGUAGCCUCACUGCGGUGAGAAGCAUUCCAGAGCCGACUCAUUUGGCUUCUCCAUCCUGCUGCUGAGACAAAGAAAAAGCCAGAGGGGGAGCUCCCAGUACAGGCAGCUUACUACCUGAGUAAAACCUUUGCUUUUGUAACUCCUACUAAUCAGCCUGAAUGUCUGGGGCCUCUCCCAGCAGCACUCUGCUGUGAAGGGCCAGCUGCUUCCUGCCCACUUGGGAACUGGCUGCACCUUUCUGCUGGUGGGCAGGAGAGGAAUACCAGCAGUAAAGGCAGCCUGUGGCAGGAGUAAAGCAGCCAAAUUCACCUGGCUGGUCAGAACCUUUCCCUUGCUGCUCUGAGUAGUCUGUGGCUGAGGCUGUGACUGUAGCUGCAGCCCCAGCCCAGGCUGCUUUGGCUGAGUUGGUUCUACUGGAGCUGGUUCUGUGCCUGCAGCUUGCAGCUCCUUGUGAGACUGCUUAAGCCCCUCCUGGUUAGCAGACAGGGAGCUGCAGGUUGGAGCUGGCAGCUGCAGGUUGGAGCUGCCUUACAAAGCCUUUCUGUGGGCCUGGAGAGGUUUUGGUACCCACAGUGGAGCAGCUGAAGGUGCAGCUGGUGCAGAGCAAAGCUUGAGGAUUCAGCCAGCUGAGCACAGGCUCUUCCCUGCAGGAGGUCAUCGCCUGAGGGAUGGGGACUGGCAGUGCCCUGGAGGAGCCUGUUGCUCUCUGUGCAAUCAGCUGGAGCUUGUCCAGGGGGUGGAGGCACCCAAGCUGCCACCAUUCCCAGGCAGCUCUACCUACAGUGAGCUUUCCAGAGAGGGAUUUUGGCUUUCCCAGGGAAUGAAAGAUUACUUUGGGGUUUUUUUUAAGGGAGAUCCAUUGGAACACUAAAUCCAACUGGAAAAACAAAGGUGUUUGCUUUUCCUCCUCCUCUUGUGGUCACCUCCUUCAGGUACAACAUCCACUUGUGUCUCACCCUAGAUAGCCCCCAAGUGGCACCUGUGGUGUGGAUCAGCUCCAGCUCUAUGGUUUCUCUAUUAAAGUAUAAAUUAUAUGUGG